AGCGGAUGUGACGCAGCAGCAGGAGUGUGACCCGAGGAACCUCAAACAUGCGUCAAUCCCGAAAAAACAAACUCCACCAAAUAUCGGAUUAUCAUCACAAACCUUAAUUCCUACUCCAGAAACUAUUCAUGCUAUAAAUCGAGGAUAUAAUAAAUCAGAUAAUCCAGCAGGGACUCAUGUGUUUGUCUUGGGAAGCCCUGUAUAAUCCAGCACCCCUCCAUGGUUACCACAGAGAAAAGCUGAGUCCAGUCAUUCUGCUCGAAGAGGGUCGUGGCACCGGUGCAACAUGCCCCUUCCGUUCGGAUUAAAGCUCAAGAGAACCAGAAGAUACACGGUGUCCAGCAAAAGCUGCCUGGUGACCCGCAUACAGCUGCUCAACGGCGAAUAUGUGGAGUUCACGCUUUCGGUGGAAAGCACGGGACAGGAAUGUCUGGAGGCAGUCGCGCAGAGACUCGAGUUACGGGAGAUAACGUAUUUCAGCCUCUGGUACUGCAACAAACAAAACCAGCAGAGAUGGAUUGAUCUGGAGAAGCCGCUGAAGAAACAGCUUGACAAGUACGGACUGGAGCCGACCGUUUACUUUGGGGUGGUGUUCUACGUGUCGUCUGUUACACAGUUACAACAAGAGAUAACCAGAUAUCAGCAUUAUCUCCAGCUGAAGAAAGACGUUCUGGAGGGGAAGAUCCCGUGCUCCAUUGAGCAAGCCAUUCAUUUGGCCAGCUUGGCUGUGCAAGCCGACCUUGGGGACUUCAAUCGAUAUGAUUCCCAGGAAUUCCUUCAAAAAAUUGUGCUUUUUCCAAUGCCAUGGAUACAGGACGAGAGGGUUGUGGAAGAGGCCACUCAAAAAGUCACCAUGCUCUAUCAAAACUACCGAGGUCUGUCCUCACCAGAGGCGGAGUUACUCUACAUGCAGGAGGUGGAGAAGAUGGAGGGGUACGGUGAGGAGAGUGUCCAAGCGAAGGACGCUCAGAGCACAGAUGUGAUCAUCGGCUCUUGUCUGGACGGGAUUUUUGUCAAGCACAAAAAUGGGAAAGCACCUCUCAUGUUUCAGUGGAAUGACAUUAAUAAUAUGACUCAUAAUAAGUCUUUCUUUGCCCUGGAGCUCGCCAACAAAGAAGACACAAUCCAGUUCCAGACCGAGGACAUGGAGACGUCCAAAUACGUGUGCAGGAUGUGGCUGGCGCGGCACAAGUUUUACAAAAUUAACAACAGCAGUCUAGAGCUGUCUGAUGGCCCAAACUCUGAGGGCUCCCAGAGGUCCAUUCUCUCUCUUUCUUUUCCUCGUUUUCCAAACCUAUGUCGUCCCUCUGUGCCUGCUGACAAGGGACAAACGCAGCCCGCUCCAGUAAACACAGUGAGGCGACGGUCCUCUACAAGAAUGUCUCUGCCAAAACCGCAACCCUACAUGAUGCCACCUCAGAUGCACUUUAACGGCCAUUACACCGAACCGUACACAUCUUCACAAGAUAAUCUUUACAUCAGCAACCAGAACGGUUUCUACUACCAUUCCCAGACCAGUCUGGACCGCUCUCCGCACGAGUACAACGGCCGAAUGCGUAACGGCAGCGUUUACAGCGCCCAGAGCACCAGCUCCCUCAACAACCCGCAGCACUACCUGCAGCCGUCGCCCAUGUCGUCCAACCCCAGCAUCACAGGAAGUGACCUCAUGCGGCCCGACUACGUGCCUUCCCACCGGCACAGCGCCCUGAUCCCGCCGUCCUACCGUGCCACUCCCGAUUACGAGGCGGUCAUGAGGCAGAAGAACCUCGGGAUGAUCCCGCCGGCCGAGCGCCAGAGCCACUCCAUGAGGAACCUCAACAUCGGCAACUCUUACGCCUACAGCCGGCCCGACCCGCUCGUGUACAGCCAGCCGGAGAUCCGCGAGCACGGCGCGGGCCAGUACCCCUUCCACCUCAACUACAGCUUCCACAGCCCCACCCCGUACCCCUAUCCCACCGAGAGACGACCUGUCGUGGGCGCCGUCAGUGUCCCCGAGCUUACCAACGUCCAGCUCCAGCAGGCGCAGGAAUAUCCGCCGCCCAACAUCAUCAGGAAUCAGGUUUAUUGGCCGCCGCCGCCAUAUCCCUACCCUCACCCUCGACCCGCCAACAGCACCCCGGACCUGUCCCGCCAUCUCUACGUCAGCAGCAGCAAUCCGGAUCUGAUCACGCGCCGCGUCCAUCACUCGGUGCAGACCUUUCAGGAGGACAGCUUGCCUGUGGCGCACUCGCUGCAGGAAGUGAGCGAACCGCUCGUCACGACCCGGCGGCCUCACAUGCACAAGCGCAACUCCAUCGAGAUCGCCGGUCUGGCGUACGGCCUGGAGAACAUGAGGCUGAAGGAGAGGAAGGCAUCCGCAUCAGCAGCUGAGACCCCGCCCCCUGUUGCCCAGGCGAUGCCACCUACAGCAUCCGGCUCCGACAUCAACGUCGUCCUGGAGGUCACGAAGCCCGAGGAUGCGGUCAUGAAGGAGGAUGUCAUCUACGGGCACAAAAAAUCCCUGUCCGACGCCACGAUGCUAGUGCACAGCAGCGGUGAGGAAGAAGAGUUCGAAGACGACAGCGGACGACACACACCACAGUCUCAGGAUGCUGUGGGCGGUCCCGAGCAUCACAUGACGCCGAUGGGACGGCCCCUCGUAGAUCCGCCUGCUUAUCCGUUCAGCCACAGUAUGGAGACGGUCCCAACGGGCCCUCUGGCGUACCAGCCCCAUUCCAUCAUCCGCAAACCAGAGGACAUGGGGCAGCUGCCGCCUCUGCGAGAGCCCGGACACAUGGUGCCCUCGGUGUCAGAGGGGAAUCUGAGCGGACAGGGACGCUUGAGACAGAAGAGGGACGUCUAUAAGAGACCCGUCUCUGACGUGCCACCUGCCAGAAGGAACAUCGAUGGUCUUCCACCAGCGGGUAUGAAGAAAGGACGCUCUGAGGUCAAGAAGGUGGGUCCCCUGAAGAUGGCGGCUCUCAAUGGUCUGACCCUGUCCAGAAUGCCUCUGCCCGAUGAAGGGAAGGACGACCCGGAGAACGCGUCUAAUGACGAGCGGUGUAAAGCACUGGAGCAGCGCAUGGAGCAGGGGAUGGUGUUCACCGAGUACGAGCAUGUGCCCAAGAAGCGGCCCAACUGCGAGUGCACUAUCGCUCAGAUGCCCGAGAACAGCGACAGGAACCGCUUCCAGGACGUCCUGCCCUACGACGACACGCGUGUGGAGCUGGUGCCCACCAAAGAGAACAACACGGGCUACAUCAACGCCUCGCACAUCAGGGUUACGGUCAGAGGUAAAGAGUGGAGUUAUAUCGCGUCUCAGGGUCCGCUCUCAAGCACCUGCCAAGACUUCUGGCAGAUGGUUUGGGAACAAGGAGUCGCCAUCAUCGCAAUGGUUACAGCAGAGGAGGAAGGGGGUCGUGAGAAGAGUUUCCGCUAUUGGCCUCGUCUGGGCUCUCGCCACAACACUGUUACAUACGGGCGAUUUAAGAUCACCACGCGCUUCCGCACAGACUCUGGGUGCUACGCCACAACGGGCCUGAAGAUCAAACAUCUCCUGACGGGACAGGAGCGAACCGUCUGGCACCUGCAGUACACAGACUGGCCCGAUCACGGCUGCCCGGAGGACUUUAAAGGCUUUCUCUCGUACUUGGAGGAGAUCCAGUCCGUGAGGCGACACACCAACAGCUCCAGCGAUCCAAAGAACACAAACCUGCCGGUCCUGGUGCACUGCAGCGCAGGGGUGGGACGCACUGGUGUGGUCAUCCUGUCUGAGAUCAUGAUAGCUUGUCUGGAACAUAAUGAGAUGCUGGACGUCCCGACUGUUCUGAACUUGCUGCGGCAGCAACGCAUGAUGAUGGUACAGACGCUUUCACAGUACACCUUCAUUUACAAAGUCCUCAUUCAGUUCCUGAGAAACUCCAGACUGAUCUGAGACCAGCGCUGGCACAGAGGAGGAGCCUACGAGCCUCUCACUACCCCUCAGUCCCUGCCGGAGCCGUGGCUUCGCUUGCACUUCCUCACAGUGUUAGUGACGGGGCGAGACACGAGCCGGGGCAAGUAUAAAGGACGCUGCGCAUCGCUCUAUUUUACCAGUAUUAUUCACAGAUUUCACUGUGGGCUUUUACACGGAUGUCAGUCCCAGCACUUUUAUUUUGCUGUACAUAGACGCAGCUCUGUUAUUUAAUACGAGACGCUGAACUGCAGUGGUUCUUUUAUACCGGAUUUUAUUAGUUUACCCAUGAAGGUUUAGUGAGCCAAAAUGCAAAUAGCGGACACAGUGUUUAAAGACGUGGCAUGUGAACUUCAGCAGAUGGAUGAAUCUCACGAAAAGCCCAGAUUUGGUGUCAAAAUGUGUUUAAAAUAAUGCUGAAAUGCAAAAAAAGGUUUGCUUUUCUUUAUGCAAAAUGUUUGAAUGCUCAUUUCUUUUCAUGAGAUUCACCCAUUUGCAUCAUGGGAUGGAUAUAAGAGUACUCGGGGAGUUUGAAGUAUCACGUCCAGUGUUACGCGGCAUGUUCAAGCGAAGCAGUUGCUUGAGAUUUUACCGUUUAACCCUACGAACGGGUUUCACCCAGCAAACGCAUCUCAAGUUAGAAUGCAGCCAAAGACGAGAGGGUGCAGACGCAACCUAUGAAUAAGUUACAAUAUGUAUUAAAAUUGUAUGUGAAAACUGUAUUCUACAUAUAAUAAUCAGAAAGGCUUUCUCGUUGCAUUAGGGAUGAUUUUGUAUUUUUGCAGCUCUUGCCACAUUUCCACCUGAAUUCGAUAACCAGACGCACCAAAGAGCAUCACAGACUCGACUUUUGCAUUAGAGUGAACAAUAGUGUGGGUUUAUUGUGAACGGUUUGUGACCUCAUUAUCUUAGACACACCAGCUAUGAUGGUUUACCAAAGAGUUUUCAGCAUAUCGAGUUCUUUAAGUCUUAAAACACUGUGAAACUGCAUUAUCCAUUCUGUUUGCAGAGGAGCUGAAGGAGCAGAAUUUGCCGUAGCAAAUCAUUAGGCCCUUUGUGUUUUCAUUUGAAUUGCAAUCAGGUUAUUUACGAUAAAGCAGUGCAGACUGAUGCUACAUUCCACCAUAAUGGUGCUGUUGCAUGUUCUGAAAGGAACAGUUCACCCAUAAAUGUACAUUUGCUGAAAAUGUAC